GGCGCGGAGGGGGUGGCAGCAGCCCUGUGACUCAUGCCUGCGUCGAAGCAGAUCAGCCGGCGAUUCACGCUUUUAAAAAAGCAAAUUCGAGCACUUCUGGAAAAAAAGGUCAUCUCGCAUUAAAUUCCGCGGCGCGAUUGGUAUUCCGACGUCGUUUCUGGCGGAGUUUAUAAGCGGCGGGUCUCUCCCAGGCUGGAGUCGCCCUGCCUGCCUGGACUCCGGCAGUGAGAGUGGUCCGCUCGCCCCCUCGCAAUUUCCUCGCCGCCCACCCCUUGGAGGAAUAUCGGAGGAAACCCGGACUCCGGGGACUCUGGCUUUUCUGAAGGGAUGGCUUCCUCCGCUCCCUCGUCCUCCAACGACGCUCCGGACCCCACCCCAACUAAUUUACGACCCACAACUUACGACUCGUGGUGCGGCGUGGCUCACGGGUGCACCAGGAAGAUCGGGCUGAAGAUAUGCGGGUUCCUGCAAAGGGCCAACAGCCUGGAAGACAAGGGCCGGAUCGUCAGCUCCCUGAAGGAGAGGCAGUCCUCCAAGAGCCUGCUGGUGUGCGAGAACAGCGAGAAGGAAUCCAGGUUCCGGCGCACUGAGACAGACUUCUCCAAUUUGUAUGCCAGAGAUUUGCUGCCCGCCAAGAAUGGUGAGGAGCAGACCAUGCAGUUCCUGCUGGAGGUCGUGGACAUCCUCCUCAACUACGUGAGGAAGACGUUUGACAGAUCCACCAAAGUGCUGGACUUCCAUCACCCGCACCAGCUCCUAGAGGGCAUGGAGGGCUUCAACCUGGAGCUCUCGGACAACCCCGAGUCCCUGGAGCAGAUCCUGGUGGAUUGCCGGGACACACUGAAAUAUGGAGUGAGGACAGGUCAUCCUCGCUUUUUCAACCAGCUGUCCACAGGCCUGGACAUUAUUGGCUUGGCUGGGGAGUGGCUGACAUCAACUGCUAAUACAAACAUGUUUACCUAUGAAAUUGCCCCUGUUUUUGUCCUCAUGGAACAAAUAACACUUCGAAAGAUGAGAGAGAUUAUUGGAUGGUCAAAUAAAGAUGGUGAUGGCAUAUUCUCACCUGGAGGAGCUAUAUCCAAUAUGUACAGCAUAAUGGCUGCACGCUACAAGUAUUUCCCUGAAGUCAAAACCAAAGGCAUGGCUGCAGUCCCUAAACUGGUUCUGUUUACCUCGGAACAUAGUCACUACUCAAUAAAGAAAGCUGGAGCUGCACUUGGAUUUGGAACAGACAAUGUGAUUUUGAUAAAAUGCAAUGAAAGAGGCAAAAUAAUACCAGCUGAUUUGGAGGCAAAAAUUUUGGAAGCAAAACAAAAGGGAUACACUCCUCUUUUUGUAAAUGCAACUGCAGGCACAACAGUAUAUGGAGCCUUUGAUCCAAUACAGGAGAUUGCAGAUAUAUGUGAAAAAUAUAACCUCUGGCUCCAUGUAGAUGCUGCCUGGGGAGGUGGACUCUUAAUGUCCCGAAAGCAUCGUCAUAAACUUAAUGGAAUAGAAAGAGCCAACUCAGUCACUUGGAAUCCACACAAGAUGAUGGGAGUGUUGUUACAAUGUUCUGCCAUUCUUGUCCGGGAGAAGGGUGUACUUCAAGGCUGCAAUCAAAUGUGUGCAGGCUACCUCUUCCAGCAAGACAAACAGUAUGAUGUAUCCUAUGACACUGGAGAUAAGGCAAUACAGUGUGGUCGACAUGUGGACAUUUUCAAAUUCUGGCUGAUGUGGAAGGCAAAGGGUACAGUAGGAUUUGAAAACCAGAUCAAUAAAUGCCUGGAGCUGGCAGAGUAUCUCUACACUAAAAUCAAAAACAGAGAAGAAUUUGAGAUGGUUUUUGAAGGGGAGCCAGAGCAUACAAAUGUAUGUUUUUGGUAUAUUCCGCCAAGUCUCAGGGGCAUGCCAGACAGUGAUGAGAGACGAGAGAAGUUACACAGGGUGGCACCGAAAAUCAAAGCACUGAUGAUGGAGUCAGGUACUACCAUGGUUGGAUAUCAGCCUCAGGGCGAUAAAGUCAACUUCUUCCGAAUGGUCAUCUCAAACCCAGCAGCAACUAAGUCUGACAUUGAUUUCCUCAUUGAGGAAAUAGAGAGAUUGGGGCAGGAGCUGUAAUACAGUGGUUGAAUUAUUUAUUUCUCUAAUUCACUGUUUCCCAGCACUGGCUAUUUUUUAACCCAGUUCUGCAGAACAUGUUUUAAGGAAAUUCUCUUUCUGUAAGUUCCAAUCUCCUAAGACAUCCUUAAACAAAACAACUAUAGGCUUCUGAAACAUAGAUGUAUUGGUAAAUCAUAUUACUGAGGGAAAAUGUAUUAUCUUGAAAUUGAAGUACUAUUGACUCUUACAUUGGUCUUGUUUAUUGUAGUCAGCAGGAAAUUAGUAAGAACUAAAAUAGCAAAUUAAGAACUCUGCACAGUAUAUAUGUACAGUAUAAAUAAAUAAAUAUAUAUAUAAUUAUAUAUAUAUACGUGUGUGUAUAUAUAUAUAUAUUAAAAAAGUGGUUAUAAACUUAGAUCUAAGCCACAGCAUGUUUUCCACUUUAAGAGAAUUAACUUUUCCUGUCAACAACUAAUGAUGUGGAUAAUGUGCUACAGAUUUUUCUGCCAGGUAAAAAUAGACAUCUAGAAACAUUUCUGAAAUGUAGAUUCUUAGGAGCUAAAGAAAAUGUAUAACAGUAUUAAAUCUUAUUGUCGGUGCUUCUUUCACGUACAAAAUAGCAAUCUCUAACAGCACCUUCAAGUAAAAUAGUUGUAUUUCCCCUUUAGUGUCACAUCAGGGGAUAAUAGUAGCAGAGUUAUUGUAACAGGUAUAUUAUUGCUGUAUUUUUAGAGGUUAAUUUGUGUAGAUUGUGUAUAUUAUUGUUAAAUGACUUUGUGUAAAAGGAUUUAAAUGUAAUAGUUUUACAGCAAGAUAACUGUUGAAUUGUAGGUAUAUGAAAUAUUUGCUUAUUUAUAUGCAGAGAUUUACCAUGCUGAAGAGUUGUCUUGUAUUUUCUUCCAUUUGUAAUGUAGCCUAUUUAUAUAUUAUUGAAGUUCUAAAUAAUGUUUAUGGUAUUUUAGUGUCUUUGUGAGCCAAAGAAAAAAUACAAAAAUAUUAGUUGACACUUUCAUUUAAAUCCUAGUGCCCUUAAAGUAAUAACUUACAGAUAAUUUUACUGAAUAUAAGGAAUUCUAACAUUGUGUAUAGACUGUCAAAUGAUGAGAUCCCUUUAAUCUGUUAGAUUUUUCAGUUUUAUUUAUUGUAAAGUCAGACUGUCUGUUCGGUGUUCUGAAUGCUUUUCUAGUGAAUAUUGGUUGCUAACCAAGGCCCCUGUCUCUAUGACCGUUUUAACUAAAUUCUGUAGGAAGAUUCCUGAAGGUCUGUAGCAUUUCUGUGGGAGUUUUAAGCAGCAUCAUUCUUCUAGUGAAAUGGAAUUCACUGUGUCUUAGGAGCUUAUAAAAUAAAUAAAACCAAAAGUAAUCUCAGAAUCUUUAAAUACAGCUGGCUUGUCACAACAGUUUAAGCUGGCUAGACUUUGCAAACUAUAGACACCAGAGUCAUCUGUAGCAUGUUCAGUUUUAAUCAUUAGAUAAUCAACACUACCCGGUGGAAAGCUCUAUACUGGAAGCAGAGUAGUGGAACAAAAUGAGGAUUCAAUAGUCCUGUGUCUGCUGAGUUACUGUCAUGGUGAUAAAUAGAAUAUGUUAAUUUCAGAUCUUUUCAGACAUGCUUUUAUGGGUAUCUUCUAUGCAAGUCUGUAAUUAAUUUGUUUUUCUUUUCUUCUCUCUGCCUCCCCAAAUCAGUAAAAAAAUUAAAUUAUUUUAGAACCAUUCAGUGGAAUGCAGUCAUGCUAUGCAGUUUUCACAGCCUCUCUGUCCCCCCUUCAGUCCUGUGGAAGGACAGCUACAACAAGGAGAGAUUUCCAUCCUGCAGGUCCCACUGGUUGUCUUCUGAGGAUGCUGUCUGGGUCAGAGCAGAAAGAAGCUGUCAUGGUAAAUGCUGUAUCAUAUAGCACAGCCUUUCCAGCUUUUCACAGGGUUCUUGCUUAUCCCUCUUCUGUAACUUUCUGAAUUUUUUUCUUGAAAUUAUUAGAGUUUAAUCUAAAAAUAAUGGUAAAUUUGUCACUGUCUUUUAGAUUUAUGAGUAUGGUUUUCAAAAGAUUAUCUAUAUCGUUACUUUUAUGCCAUGAAACCCCCAAGUAAUCUCACCAGUUCAGUAUUUCUUCUAUUAAGUUAUUUUCCUCAAGACAGUGUAGUUGGUUUCUUGCUUUUGUUAUCUUAAACCUCAAUCUUUCUUAAUUAUAACCCUGAUAUCUUACCAUGUCUUCAGUACUUAACAUUCCUUGAUGUAAACAUCCAUGCUGUAUGUCCUGGGGCCUGCAAUAUAGAAGUAGUCAGCGUGAACAAUGACUUCACUACCAACUUCCAUAAUAUUAAACGCCAUUCAUUAUAGAUACCAGCUAUUCAUCAAAACUAGAGGGCCUCUCCCACUGAGAGCUCUUUUCAGAGUACAGAAACAAGUUUGUUUUGAAGAGGAAGUACAUGUCAUCUUCUGUUUUACAGGCUUCUGCCUGAAAUCUGGUCUGUCGCAGUUCUACUUUAUUCAAAGGGCAGCUACAGAAGAUUGAAAGAUUUCCCUCAGUCCUUCUUGUUUAUGAGAAACAGUAUGCAUAGUAUAAUCAAUGCAAAUAUGUAUAACUGCUGGCCUGGCUUCACUAGGGGAUUUUACAUCUUCCACACAAGCAGCACCAUGGUCCUUGUGAUUUCUUCAGGGAGGCCUUAGGUGGGAAUUUCUGACUUCCUCCACCUCCCUAGUCAAGAUAUUUCAGCAACAGUAUUACUAAAGAUUCCAACUUACCCAUAAUCCUCUAACCUUAAUAUUUUAACCGCUUGGACCUUGUAUCCAGAUAAUCAUCUCAAUAGUCUAAUAAUAAUUUAUUGUAUUUGAAAUGUAUCUUCUAGAAGCAUAUAAACUAGGUAAAGAGUAUCAUCCUGAUGUAACUGAUGAUGAAACUAUAGGAAAGACCAUAGUAUGACUUACUGGCAUUCAUACAGCAAACCUUGGACAGUCCUGUGAUGUAGCCAGAAAUAGGGCUAGAUCUCUUCAGCACACAUACAAUGUUCUGCUACUAAAAUUUCUGCUUCUUCAUUUAGUAGAGUAUCUUGUGUUUUGGAGGUCAAAAGCAUUAGGGGUUCUACCUAUUGCCAUUGAUGUUUUGCAGCUAGGUGGAAAUAAUGGAGCUCCUUCUGCCUGUUCAAGGAGUGAGACAAUUAUCACAGAGGUAUUUUCUCUAAAGACAGGGAAUUUGAAUUUAUCUUCCAACCCUCUGCAUUUUAUCUUGUCUUUCUGCGGUGUUAUGUCUCAACACAGAUGAUACCCACAAUUAGAUUUUUGCAAAGCUUUUAAUUCUAAUACUAGACUCUGGAGUGUUUCUCUAUUAUAUGUACCUGCUUCCAUAGGCACAGGUCUCAAUAAUUUCUGACUUGAUUAGCUGAUUUUAACAGAGCAGUUACGGUCAUCAGUGAGAAAACUCAUCUGUGUUUUCUUCUCAGUAGGUAAUUUUCAUCUGAGUAAUAUGUUACAGCUUCUCAGACAAAAGCUUACCUGCAGUUUUCCUGCUUUUUAAUUCAUACACUAUUGACUGUGAAAGAUCAGGAAGUAUGGAUAUACAGAAGUGUUGACUAAUUCAAAGCAUUGCAAUUCCAGGUGAGUAACUUUGUUUUUCUGAGGUUUAAAAUAUACUCUAAGGUAGCAAUUUUGCCUUUAAAAUCACAUGGACAAUCACUGUAAUUUUGUGUGGGUGAUUUCAGAUCAAAUAAAAAAUAGCCAAGAUCUUAGCUGAACAUGUAGCUGCAGUGCUUAUUAACUGAGGUAAUUUAUUUGGAAAAGACUGAUCAUUGGAUAAAAAUGAACAGUAGCUGUUGAUUUUGAAUGAGAAAAAUUCUGAUUGUGUUAUUAAAGGUACUUUUAGAGAAGAUAGUUAGAUUAUACCAUUCACAACAGACGGACGGAACCAGGGGCCUUGGGAAUAACCCAGAAUUUUAAAAUCAUCAUUGACUUAGUUCAUAAUCUGUUUUUUGAAUGGUGACAAAUAUGAAGAGAUUUUUUAGACAGAAUCUCUGUUUUGUGGUUUAAGAGAUGUUGAAGUUAUAAAGAAGAUAUGCAAUGCAGUUUUAAUUUUUCAAUAAAAGUUGAUCUUAAAACUGUCUAAUUUGUCUCAUAUAAUUUUUGUGAGCUCUUUUGUUUCCUUAAGAAUAUGAGACAAAAGCCAUACAACAUUAUCUCUCACAUUAAAAACAGUGAGGUAAAUGCUAAGGCUACUAUUUAGUUUUAAUUGUGAAUUGAAUGUGAGCUUAUACCAACACAGACUGAGGAAGACCCCCAAGCUCUGAACAUUGAUCGGUUUGAAUGGCGUUGUUGAGACAUUAGUGCUGUGUAGAAAUACUAAAAAAUAGAGGAUCUAAAAACCUUUCUGUGUGGUGUUUUGUGUAGUUUCUGAAAUCCUCAUUCAACUUAUACAGAGGACCCAAGAAAUCAAACAGCAACUUUGGAAUGGGUAAAAAGAAUAAGACCAAGCCCUUGUGGUAAAAACCCUGCUGUCUAAUCUGUGGAUGUAUUUAUAAAACUUACGUCUUGUAACGCAGGUCUUACUCCCUGGAAGGCUUGAAUACAUGCUUAACUUUGCACACUUUGCAAUGCCGCUGGCUGAUCUCAGUGUUUGUUUAUUAAGCACAUUUAAAUCUGCACACAAUCAGAACUGGAAUAUUUUUAUGCAAUCAAAAAUCUGCUUGACUGAAAAAGUACUCUUCUGUAUGUAAAAAAAUGCAGGACAGGACCAGGCCUAAAGGUGUUUUGAAUAGUGUUAUGUCUUAUCUGGCAAGAAAUUAUACAAUGAUGGUAAGAGGAGCCCUCAUGGUCAUAUGACAAUACACUGUGGAAUCAGUACUAGAGAUACCGUGUGCCUGAUUGCAAAAGCAUUUAAAAUUCUCAUAGCAGAAAAUCUGUGAGUAUUCUUAACAGAGACAGUUAGAACUGGGUUUCUUUGUUCAGCCACUUUGUAUUAAGCAUUAUAAUGCACAGUAUUUUACAGUAAAAAUGUUGCCUGGAAACACAAAUAAAUGUGAUGUUGGCAGCUUUAUUUGUGAGUAAAGUAAAUAUGUUUUAUAAGAAAAAUUUUGUAAAGGUGUGCAAGGGAAGCCUAGUCUUGCCACCACAGAAGUCAAUGGGAGAAUUGUUGCUGUUUGCAUAAAUUAAUCUUUCCCAUUCUCGGAAAUGAAAGCCCAUUUCCUAAUAAAGCAAGAGAAUGAGACCCUAAGUCUGAGGUAGGAAAAAAUACUGAAAUUCUUACACCCUCUUAAAAAAGGCUAUACGUAAUGCAGUAUCAUCAAACAAAUUCAGUGUAUUUCAUACAAAAUCAUAGACAUUUUAAAAUACACCAGAAACUGAGUUUGAGCGUAAAACAGGUGAAAUGUAAAAUUUAUAAGAAUGGCAUAACUUCAGGGAAACACUUUUUUUUCAUGAUAGGACUUGAGUGAAGCAUAAUAAUUACAAAAUAUAAAGUACAAAACAGAAGUCUUUCCCUGUGUAAACAUAGUACGAAUUAAAGCUUUUGUGGCAAAGCUUUUGGCAUGUGAUACGUCUUUAUCUAUGCAUGAUAUAUACUUGAUAUAUAUCAUGUAUAAUAUGAAAAAGAUGAUUGAAAACCUUAGAUUCUAGACCAUGUUUGGGGCAACCUGCCAUUCUAUUAUGGGAGUUAAAAUGUUUUAAAUUCUUCUUAUUUUUGUGUACACCAAAUAUAUUGAAAAAAUAAGAAUACAUUUUGAACGAAUAAAAGUAUAAAAUUAUUUUUUUCAUGAUAUAGACACAGCUGAUUAAUUACUGCUUUAUGCAUUAUCCAUAGAACCAUCACUGAUUUUAACAGUAUGUAACAAAUUUGGUUUUGGUUGCUUUAGGGUAAGAUGAGCAUCCUUCAAGUAGGAUGACUUUUCUUAAGUAGUUUUCUUUCCAAGGUAAAGAAUUUUAUUUAGCAAACUAGGUGUGAGAAAAUACAUGCUGCAAAGAAACUUAAGUCCAUCGGUGUAGCAUGCAAAUACCAUAAUGUAAAGUACUAAAAAUUAUGGAGGAUGAUUGUAUCAUGUGUGAAUAUUAAGGAAUGUUCAGCUUAGAUACACACUGUUCAAUAAAAUGUUAGGACCAUAGUGAGAUUGUCUGUAGUUAGGUACAGCUCGCUGUGGUCAACAGAAUUGCAUCUACCUGAAUUUCUUCUUUAGUGUUUUGUAAUUUGCAAAUUGUGACUGUUAUGCUUAGGGUGUUGAUACAUGAAUCAGGAGUACCAUUCACUCAAGAACUGCAACUAAACUAGUGAAAACGAAAUGAGAAGACACAAGCAUUGACUGAAAGCAAAGGUUAAAAGGAAGGAUGGCUGCACAACAUGGAAGGAUUUGGGUUUCAUUAGAGCAUUUGGAAGAACCAGACUUCUGGACAAAGCAGAAUUAAAAUUAUGUUUAGAGUAAAAGAUUAGACACAAGCAGAAGUUUUUAAGUAGACCUGGUAAAGAAAAAAAAAAUUGUAUUCUCUGUUUUAAUAGAUCUAUCUACUGAGGAAAAGUGGAGCAUUGUUUAGUAAUGACAGUAACAGAAAAAUGUGAAGAUAAAAUAUUACACACCUUGAUUUAUUUCUUCUAUUUAUUAGAUAAUCUGUUCAGCAUCUGAAUGUAAUUAUUUCAGACUGGAUAAGUAUACUUUAUAUGUAUAUUUGUGAGUGUAUUUAUAUUUCUUUAUACAAAACACAAGGACACUUGCAUGUACAUACUUGGCAUGUAUGAGAAAAAAUGAAGUCUUGCAUGAUGUUGACUGUUUUGUGUAGCACUUUUCAGGACAUCUUCAAAGAUUCUUGAAGUAUAACAUUAAGCACGUAUGUAAUGA